GUUGCUAGAAUGUGCCGUUUUGGGGGAGGGAGGGGUCCCUGUGUGUAGAAAAGUCAAAAAAGAGGGGGCUGUGCUGUUUGAGGAUUAGUCGACUGCGAUCAGUAGAGGGGUUUUCAUCGGAGCUGCGCAAAGAGGAACAACUGCAUUUUCCCAGGCACAGAGAGAGCCAUCUUAACAGCAUCAAAACAGAUAACUAUAGUGAAAAUAUACAGGUGAGGGGGGCAGAGUGUCAAUAUUCUGAAUUCAUCCUAAAGUGAAGAAGGAGUCUACGCACUCCAAGGACAACUAAUUCAACAUGACUCAGGGCAAGCUGUCGGUGACAAACAAAUCAAACCAUGGCUCUACUGCAGAAACAACUCCCCCAUCUCCUCCCACCUAUGAGGAGGCCACUGCAGGUGGCAGCCCCAGCUGCAGUGGGGCCUACCAGGGCGAUGGGGAGAUGCUCACUGAUUUUAGUUGGGAUGACAAGAACAUCAGAAGGGUGUUCAUUCGCAAGGUGUACGCAAUUUUGAUGAUUCAGCUCAUGGUAACACUGGCCAUUGUGGCUCUGUUCACCUUCUGUGAUCCAUUAAAGGACUACAUUCAGUCUCACCCUGGGUGGUAUUGGGCCUCUUAUGGCGUGUUCAUUGUGACGUACCUGACCCUGUCCUGCUGCUCUGGGCCAAGGAGGCAGUUUCCUUGGAAUCUCAUCCUGCUAGCAAUCUUUACACUGAGUAUGGCUUUCUUGAUGGCUUUCACAUCUAGUUUUUACAACACCAAGUCGGUCGUGCUGUGCCUGGGCAUCACAGUCCUGGUUUGCCUCUCCGUGACACUCUUCAGUUUCCAAACCAAGUUUGAUAUAACUUCAUGUCAAGGUGUGCUGUCCAUAUUCUGCAUAACCUUGUUGAUCUGUGGAAUUGUCCUGGCCUUCGUCCUGCCCAUGGGCUACGUUCCAUGGUUACAUUCUGUCUAUGCAGUUUUAGGCGCUAUCCUGUUUACCAUGUUCCUUGCAUUCGACACCCAGCUGUUGAUGGGCAACAAGCGCUACACCAUUAGUCCAGAGGAGUACGUCUUUGCCACCCUCAACAUCUACCUGGAUAUCGUUUACAUCUUCACCUUCUUCCUCCAGGUGUUUGGCACAGAGCGGGACUGAGACAUCUUGUUGUGGCGUCCAGCUGUACACCCUGUAAUGCACUUUUCCUGUUGUCCACAAACCCUUAACCCUUACUGUCACCAUCAACGAUACAGUGAUCCUGUCCUCUCCAGCAUGAUAUAGCUCUCUAGUACACUGUGUUUAGGUUUCAUGCUGACAUCCUUCCUGACCUACCAUGAAGCUCCCAUUUAAGGGUGGCUGGGUUACAUUAGCUAAUGGGUUUUAAAGAGGAACCUAAACAUGUAGCCACUCUCUCAUCAGUGGACUAGCAUGUAACUCUGGGGUUACCAAUGGUUGAUGUGUGAAAACAGAGUAGUUCUAGAACACCUGCUUGGAGUGUAUCUUCAUCUAGAUAGGAUUCCAUUAUCUCGUGCAACUGCAUUCCUGGAAUCAUUUUUAACCUUGAUGUCGCUAUGAGAAUUAUCAUGGCAAUCAUGACUCUGCAUGCAUCCGUGGGUACCUCUGUGCAAUAGCUUACACACAAAAGACAAGAGUUACAGAAGUAAACAACAUCAUGAAAUUGUAGCUUUGUCUCCAGCCUAACAUCAACACUGUUGUGUAGAACCUUUACUCUAAGUGCAUGUAGACUUGAGUGGAUGUGUAAAGAGAUUCAUCAGAUAUGAGAUGGUUGACAACAGUCCCUCUAUGGCUGCUUUUGGUUUAACUACCAAACUACAUUUGCUGAUCUGCACUUUAACUGCUAGUGUUAUGUUCUGAGUGCCUUCCCUGCCCCUCAGUCUGAACCCCUAUUCCCCUAAUAUGAAGUUUUAGUAGAACUUCUGUGAUGUGCAUUUCUUUAUUACAUGAGUCAAGCCUACUACAAAUGUAGGUUUACAGAAGCUGAUUGGCCAGUGCCUCUAAAUGGAGGAUGCUUUUGCCUCUCCUGUCUAAAAAUGUGAAAAUGGUCUUUAUCUUUAUUGCUGUGUAAUAAGUCUUUCUGGCGAAGAUAGAUUGGCAAUAUGACUAAAUUAAGUCAAUGAUUUAUUCAACUAUUUAACAAUAUUCUUUUUCAUAUAAACCAAAAGAUUUGUAUAUAUUCUUUGUCAUGUUGAUGUAAAAGCCAUUAUCACUUUCGCAAAAUACUUUUAUUUACUAUUCCUAUUUACUCAUUCUUAUUUAUUUUGAAAGUCUGUGGAAAUGCACUUGAUGAUUCAGGUUAAACUGUAUUUGAAACAUAGCAUGUAAUUUGUGAGCCCCAGACUUAAAAGUGCCAAUGCUUUUCAUUUGGUCUGCAUUUCAAAGUAGUUUGAUGAUGUUUCAGUACUGCAGCAGUUAGCCAACAUUCAAAAAGCUCUGUCUUUUCUGGUAAAUUUAAGGAGUGAAUCCUAUUACCAAACGUUUCCACUUGUUUUACCACAAUCAUUGUUUUCUUGUCAUUGAAAAGACAACAUUAAUUUGUUGGCUUUUAUUUAAAGAUGUGAUUGUAAAUGUACAUUGAUUUUUCACAAUGGUUGAAAUAAAUAAAUGAGAUGGACAUA